AUCCGUGACCGUAAUGAGAUAGAAGGCUAGAAGUUGAAGUUCUGCAGCUUCCAAGAAGACAACAGGACCACGAUCAGGCUUUGCUCCGAAAUCAUCGUAUUAAGUAACCCAGCACGAUGACUGUCGUGUCCAGUGCUACUGGUUCCGUUCCCUCGUCGUUCCCGCCCACCGUCGAAGCGGGCGAUAAAACUUCACAAGCCAAAAUGACGGCCUACACGUGUACAACUUUUCAGGGGAUGAAAAAGCUGGACUUGCAGGCGAAGAACCUCAAUGAUUUAGCGACACUACCACCAGACACAUCGGUGCAGGUCCUGGAUGUGGGGAGGAAUCCAGAGAUUAAGGAUUUGAACGCUUUGAAGACCUGGGAAGGGUUGCGAAUUCUCUUUGCUGCAGCGCUGGACCAAGUGGAAGAUUUUCCUUUCGAGCUGGUGAGCUCUGUGCCCAGUCUCUACAUGCUAGCAAUGCGGCACUGCGGAUUGAGAGCGCUGCAACUAGUACCAGCAGCGUCUCUAGUACAGCCGAGUCCUGUCCUGUACAACCUCACCUGGCUGACACUGACAAAUAAUCGCAUUGAAGCUUUGCCGUCAGAAUUUGGCAAGACUUUUCGGAGCGUGCGGAAGCUACUGUUGACCGGGAAUCGCUUGAAAGCGUUACCGCCUAGCUUUCCUCCAGCUCUGGAACUGGUUCGGCUUUCCGACAAUCAGAUUAGGGAGCUUCCAUCGGCAUUUUUUGACGAUUGCCCGAAGCUCGCUUGGACUGCUUUCAGCGGGAAUCCGCUGCCGUGGUUGGUCGAGGGGCAAGGCUGUGAUGUUACGCAGCAAGUUUCUGGAACCACUGUCACGGCAUCUUCAGCGAGUCUGGAAAAUGGAGCCAAAAAGGCUCUCCCGCUCCUAGAUCUCGAGAAAGAUCUUUGCUUGAAGUACUUGCCGGACAGAGACAUCUACGUCUACACUGAUAGUGCUGACUCCCAUGAUUCAGAAGCAAAAGUGCUUGGCGGCGGCGCUUCUGGCGUAGUGCUGCAGUCCAAGCUGCGGACCUCGGAUCAGGUUGUCGCAGUGAAGAUUUUCAAAGCUGGAGUGACGACUGAUGGCGACAGCAGGCAUGAGCUGAACAUUCUGCGCAGAAUCGGCUCGGCGACCGAGCUCUGCGAAACCACGAUCCAACCACUCGGGCUAGUCGCGGACAGCAGCGGGAAGCACGUGAUCGGCGUGGUCACUUCUUUACUGGAAAACUACAUCCCUCUCGGCCAGACGCCCAGUAUGGCGUCGAUUACCCGGGACGUGUUUGAGUCCGCGAGUCUGUUUGCGGUGAGUAGUACCCGCGACAUUGUUUCAAUUUGCCGCGACAUUGCGAAAGCCGGGGCGUUUUUGCGAACGCGGAACUUAUUCCACGGGGAUAUGUACGCCCAUAACAUAAUCUGCAAAAGGGUAAUGGAAAAGAACUCUUCGGAUUCGGUGGCCCACGCGGUUUUGACUGACUACGGUGCGGCGUUUGCGGUUGCGGAUGAUGCGGAUGCAAAGCUGCUGUCGCGGUUUGAGAUGCUCGAGCUUCGCGCCUGGACAAAUUUGGCAGAAGAUUUGUACUGGAGCUGGUCGGAAAAGCGAGGGGGGUCUGCGAAGGUUGAGGACGAGGUCGGAAAAUUGAAAAAGCUGGUCGAUUGGGUGAGGACGGGAGAGAUCCGCCAGUUUUCAUCGCUUCUCGCGACGUUUGCGCAGGAAUUUGGAAAUCAAUUGGUGGCGGGAUGAUUUUAGGGAAAGAAAAGCCCACGAAAUAGUAUCCGGGUGCUUCUCGAUGAAUGUCGUCCGUAGCGGUAGCACCGAGAUGAGGUCCCGAAGUUGCGCGGCUAAGUGCAAGUGUGUGAAGAACAUUACAGGCGUUUGACGCGAUUUAGAUUUAGACUCGGAGUCGCUUUGUCUAUGACGCAAGAAUUGUGAAGAUGAAACUGAAAAAAAAAAAACUGAAAUACAAACCGAAUUUGAAAGCGCGACGGGUGCAAGCUCC